AUGUUACGUUACGGUUUGUUACUGCUGCUCGUAUCCGCUUUGGCUUUGGCCAAUCAGGAGCAGAGCUAUAAAGGAUAUUAUGUAUAUCAGUUGAAACCCACAACAGAGGCACAAGUCAAGCUGUUGCUUGAGUUAAGUCAGCAGGGCUACGACUUUACGCGCUUGAGCCGCAAGGACGCACGUGUGGUAGUGAGUCCUGAACAGCGGUCAAGCUUUCAGUUGCUGCUACAAGAGCAAGGCUUAAGCUAUGAGCUGCUGAGCGAUAAUCUGGAGGCAGUGCUUGCCAAGGAGUUUGCCCAGCGCUCUCUAGUGCCUUUGAAGCAGUCUGGCAAGGGACGUCUGAGCACUGAGCGUUAUUACAACUAUGAGGAGAUUAUGAACUAUAUUGCUGAUCUGGCAGCGCGUUACCCAAAGCGUGUCUAUGUACGCACUGUGGGUUGGUCCUAUGAGCAGCGUGCUCUUAAGACCAUCACUAUCACCAAUGGCGAUGGACGUGCCAACAAGAAAGUUGUCUUUGUGGAUGGCUGCUUUCAUGCACGUGAAUGGAUUUCACCCGCUUCGGUGCUAUACAUAAUUGAUCAGCUAGUGGAACACUUUGAGGAGAACGCUUACCUGCUGAAGGACUUUGAUUGGAUUAUACAGCCUUUAGUGAAUCCUGAUGGUUAUGAGCAUACGCAAACUGGCAGCACAGCUCGCAUGUUCCGUAAGACGCGUCAGCCAUAUCGCCAGCUGGGUUUAACUUGCUAUGGCGCUGAUCCUAAUCGUAAUUUCGAUUACCACUGGAAUGAGGAGGGCGCUUCCUCAAGCCCCUGUGUAGAUAACUAUGCGGGACCACAUCCUUUCUCCGAGCGAGAGGCCAUUGUCAUUAGAGAUUUGAUUAAUUCACUGGCAGAUCGUGGUGUUAUGUACUUAAGUAUGCACUCCUAUGGCAAUUAUCUGCUGUAUCCUUGGGGCUGGACAAGCGACUUACCCAACACUUGGCAAGAUCAGGAUGAUGUUGCACGCGCUGGCGGCGAUGCCAUCAAAGCUGCUACUGGAACAGACUAUACGGUGGGCAGCGCUACAAACGUUCUCUAUAUAGCUUCUGGUAUUAGCAUCGAUUAUGCUUUAUGGGCUGGCUUUAACAUAUCCAUAACUAUGGAACUCAGCGGUGGCGGUUUGCUUGGCUUUAAUCCUCCAGAAAGUUCCAUUGAGGAAUAUGUAAGCGAGACUUGGAUCGGUGUACGUGCAAUGGCUGAAAAGUUAAUUGAAAAAUAUUAAGCAAAGGACUACGCAAU